GAGGGGGGGCCUGCGCCCCUAUAAGAAGCGGCGCCCGGCCCCUUGCAGAGACUGAUCGUGGCACGCUGUCUACCUGCCCGGAUAGCCUGGUCAGGUCUAAUAGUUUAGCAGAGUCUAAGCCCGCUGUGCUGAGCACGUUCGUCGUCCCCGGCUCCCGCCACAGGUUAAAGGUUAGGGGCUUGUCGCUCCAGCAGGCCGGGCCAAUCUUGUCGAGCGGUGCUGAACUUGAGCCCACGACUUCUUAAGACGCGCACCUUCCAGAGGGUCCCGGAGACCUGCCCCUUCCUGCGUGAUUCCCGAGGAGAGGGUGAAAGAGAAGAUGAGGACGUCCCGAAGGUCGCCUCACGGUGGCGGUCAUCUCUCGGCGGCGCUGCUCCUGGUGGUCGCGUGGGCGGGUUCGGCCAACGCCGACGCCGCCACCACGGGUUGCGGAAACGAGUCGACGUCCGCACCAGCGCUGCAGCUGCUAUCGCCGACUCCGCUGCUGAGACCCAACGCGUCGGCGGCCGAGGUUCUGCAGCGCAGGGCGGACGAGCUGUCCAACGCCGUGUCCAACACCAGCUUCGCCGAGUCCCGGAGCAACGUGACUGUCUACGAGAUACGGCACAGGAAGAAGCAGCAGCAGCUGAUGCUGAUCCGGGCCCAGAUCCUGCACCGGCUGGGCAUCCGCAACCCGCCGGCCAACGGGUCGCUCAGCGCCGCGCCUCUCAACAACAGCACGCUGCGCCUGGUCGAGGAGAUCGUGCGCAGCCCGCCGCCCAGCGUCCAGGACAUCACCACGGCGCGCACCAUCUACUCGGAGCGCAUACAGAGCUUCUACCCGUCCUGCUUGACUCCCAACCAGACAGACCCGUCGGCCUGGAAUAGGCCGGGCCACCUACGGCUGCACUACGACGUGAGCUUUCCCCGCUCGUCUUCGGGCACCGAGAUCUCGCUGGUGUCGGCCAAGCUGCGCCUCUACCGCACCGGUGCCGGGAUCGCGGGUGGGGCGAGCGGCUCGGCGGCUGCGCAAAACCUGCUCGACGCCCCGGCGGCCGCCGUCACGGUGUCCGUGUUCCAGUACCUCAGGCCCCUCAAGACGGGAAGGCCCGAGAAGAAAGAGCUGAUCGCCAGCCGGACGCUCUCUUCUGGCCGGCGUGGCUGGGAGGAGUUCAACGUGGAGUCUGCAGUGAGCCGUUGGCAUCGGCUGCGCAACAAGAACUACGGCCUCGACAUCGAGGUGGCCGACGCUCGCGGAAAGAAGCUGUUGCCUGGGCGCUACUUCCGCAACAUGAGCUGCGCUCAGACGGAAGCGGGCCAGCAGGAGUCCCCGUUCCCUAACAUCAUGCGCCUGCAUCCGGGACUGCGGGACAACGAGUCAUCACUGCUGGACAACGAGACGUACCCUACGCUAGACCUGCAAGUGGUGGAGGUGCUCCGCCACGACUCCGGGGCCGUUGGACCUGGAAGCGAUUCGCCGCAGUUCGUUGGGGCCGACCACGCCGUCAGGCCCCACCGACGACGCCGGCGCAACGUUCAGGGUGCGGCGAUGGCUGAUGGCGACCACAGGACGCACAGCGCAUGCACAGCUCGUCAUAUCGAUGUUACGUUUGCAGACCUGGGCCUGGACAACGUGCUGUACCCGGAGGGGUUCACGUACUCGUACUGCCACGGCGCGUGUCACUGUCACGGCGGUCGCAAGCGCCGCGGAAAAGGAAGCAGGCGCCCCUGCGUCAGAGCGGUAUCCACCUGCAACUGGGCGACCUACGUUCCGCUGAACUUGACGUAUCUGAACGAAGACAGCGUCAUGACGGCCACCAUCGACAACCUGGUGGCCAGCGACUGCCGGUGUUCCACCCGCCGGUGAUGGGCACACAGUGUUGUGACGGCAUUCUUUGGGCGGUUCCCGGCUGAUCUCUGCGCACGCGUUCCCACGCGUACGUCGCGCUGCGGUCACUGAAAAAGGUCCGCUAGUGAGGCACCUCCGAUCGGCUUCCAAACCACGGAAAACGUCAGCGCGCGGCCUGUGACGUAAGUUAACGUUUGCUCGUGUGCAUACUAGGCCGCGCGCGCUCGUCGACAUACUGAAGACCUUUUCCAGUGACCCUAGUGUGACGCUCUAUAUAUAGUCUUGUGAACCAGGCCUAGUGAUGCUCGGGGAAUAUUUUCUGCGGAUACCGAUUCUCGCGAUUUUCUUUGGGUAACAGCCGAAGCUUGAAGCCGAAAGCCGCUGCGCCCUGCCGCGAGUACGCGAAUUCGCGUCGAGCUUGGGUUGCAGCCUAAGAAAACAACUAAGCGGUGGCCCGGCGCUGACCGCAACUGUCCGUUGGAAGCCUACAGACGCCUUCGUAGCCAGACGCUAGCUUCGGUCGGUUUCGCAAUUGCUGUCCGCCGCGAUAAGCAUAUAUUACCCAGAGAUCAGUGCUGCCCUCGUCCUUUACGGAACCGCUCACGGCCGUCGGCACCGUCGUCUGCGAUGAAUAAGAUCCGGUUGAAAGAGAUUUCCUCAAAAAGACAUGCUUAGGAAUUAACUCAGUCUUCGAGCACUAAUGCUCAGAAACUGCUCUUGCUGCAAUAUUGGUUCGGGUGAUGCAUUACUGUUAGUGUGAAGCUUCACCCACUGCAGCCUGUUCAAGUGCAAAAGGAGUAUCAGGGGGCGCAUAAUGCCUUGAUGCUUGCUGAACGUUACAUGUUCAAGUAAAAUUCAGGAACGUGAAAGGAAUACUUCAAGGAGACCUGCGCUUUGGCUCUUUGACUGAUUGGUAUCAGAUUUCAAAUUGAUUUUAUGAAUUACCAUAGGAAUUUAUAAAAUGGAAUUUAAAGCUCUUGCUUUAAUAAAUAAUGGCAAUUAGCACGUUUAACAUUGCAAUGUGAAGUGUUUGAUUGCAUAAAGUGAGUUGUCAGCAUACUAAUUGCUAGUCCAAACAUGACAACACACCUGGUUGUCUAGAAACAUGUAGACAACAUGGCAUCCUCUCAGUCAUACCAUUUUCGAGGCCAUGCCCCUUGGAUCAUUUCAGUGAACUCAAGGCUGUACAAAACCCUUUAAAGCAUCAUUAUGGUUGUGCUGUCAGAUGCUGAUGUUGCACUCAAUGUCAGAAAAGGAAUACUAGCGGAAAUGCAAGACGCAGCUAUACAUUGCAUUCGGAGUACGCAGUCCCCGGCAUGGUAUAACACACAGUUGCAAUGCCCGAUAUGGCAACUAUUGCACUGGCACACUGAACACACAGAAUAUCAUGGCCUGUACACCACUGAUGAGGUAUGAGAAAACAUGUGUUCCCUUUCAAUCACUGCUGUGAUAGGAAGGAAGCAGAGACUGAGCAAGUUCCUGCGCACCGACUCACUCGGUGCGCUAAUGAACACAAGGAGACGGGUAAUCUUUUGUUGCUUCGCGAGAAGUUCUCGCUGGCUUUUUAGAUGGUCUUUCUUCUUAGUGGCAUGAUACUCUUGCAGUUCAUUUCAUAUUUUUGUCAUGAUUAAAUGCCAGCAACCACCACACCAUUUUUGAAAUUGUGUUUCUGCCAUUAUUGUCCCUGUAAACACUAGAUCCUUUGCAUGUUUUAUUGUGUAGUGUGUAUACAUGCCCCUGUAAAUAGCCACCUGUGUCUUUAAGCUUACCUUCAAGCCAUGUGAAAUGCCAUUUCAACACAAACUGUAGUCACUGAUAGUGCAUUGAGUGAACACAACCAAUGAGUGAACAAAACUUAGCAAAAAAUGUUAUGAUUUCAGGUUAUGAUUUCCUUUUUUCAGUGGUAAACAAAAAAAACAAAACUGCGCAACAUUAACAGGGUCACUUCGUGCAAGAUUUUGCACUUGUUUUUUAUUAACAGAAUAUUGUACAUAUUGAUAACAAAUACUAAUAACUGACAUUAGGCCACUGUCGAUAUUUGCUCCAAUCAAUAACAUACGCAUACUGCAUCUGUUCAGUGUAUUCUCUCUUUAAUAAAUAGGCACCAUAUAUCAAUUGAAAUCAUGUUUAAAAUCAAUUCAGCCUUGCAUUUAUUUGAUAAGCACUAUACAGGCACAAUCAGCUGUCACCACUUGGCAAUAAUCGUAUGAAAAGUACAAACCAUAAAAAACAUUAGAUAACACAGUGGCAUGCUGUAAACUGUACCUCAAUUGACAUUUCACAAUAACAAUUUUUUGCACAUUGAAAAACAACAAACUGCUGAAAUGAACAAAUAAAGAUGGUGAUAGUAUACAUAAUGCCCUGUUAACAUGCAGACAGAGUGCUCUUUAUAACUUAUAUUUGCAAUUGCUAGGUCACUCAACUGAACAUGCAACUUUAUCAGUUAAGAAAACUUCAUGAAAUCAUAAGAACGAAGUACAAAUAUUGCAGUCACGUAUCCAAAAGCUCUUGAACCUCUUUACUGCUUCUAUUACUCAACUUGUUCUUCAUAAAGUCAUUAGCGAAGUGUUGAGAACACGGUCUGAUAUGUAAAUAUUUGUUUUUCAUUUAUUAAUGUGAGAUGAGCUUUCCCACUACUGAAGUUAAUAUAUGUCGACAGUUCUACAUGACAGCUUUGCCAAGCCAUUUUCACUGGUCACCAGCAAAAGUUGGUGCAAAGACUGUUAUUUCGUCUCAAGUUGUUCUGAACACAUAUCAGUGCUCAAGAACGUUGAAACAAUGCUUAGUUUCUUUGUAGGCCUUCUGAGAUGUCAAUCUGAAAGUAAAACACUAGACAUACUAAGCUUUGUAAACUGAAAAGUGAUAAUGCAAUUUUACAGUGCCCUCUUGUUAAAUGUGUUAUUUUUUGUGAGUUGUGAGUUGUUUUAUAUAAGCAGCAAAGCUUGUUGCCAUAGAUAUGACUUGUGCCCCCAGUUCUUAUAAUGCAUGGCUUGCUCUUGUAUAUAUGCGACUUAGAAUCAUGACCCCAUAUUUGUAAACGUUUCAAAAUAAACUGUUUUUCACAGCCUCA